CUCCCCCACCCUGUUCUGCUUUCAGACUGUGGUAGCGAUGCAGUCCUUCCGUGAGCGCGCCGGUGGUUACCACAGCAACCAACCCUGCUACCAGCAGGAGCCCCACGAAUUAUCACGCCUGGAGACGUACCGACAACACCCACAUCAUGCCCACCCUCAGCUACCCCACCCGGGGCCUGGUCCUCAUCCAGGCCCGGGCCCGGGGCUGUCAAGGUCAGCCUAUGACGCCCGCUCACUGGUGAACGCUACAAGCAUGUCUGCAGCUGCAGGAGCAGGAACCGCAGGAGCACCUAAGGACUGUUAUAGCCAGCCAGCCUACCCUGGUUUCCCGGUCAACGGCGGCGGGAACGGAAACGGAGGCUCGGCACCCUCGCAGGCAAAGAAGAAAGUCCCCAAAUUCCCUCCACCAAGUUCCGGCCAACCUCUACAAGGUCACGGUGGUUACAGUAACCACAUGGGCCCCGGGACUUACUCAGCCCAGUACAUGAGCGGGGGCCACCUCCAGCACAAAUGGGAAGACACGGCUCAGUUGACGUCGUAUGAGCACGAGAUGGUCGGGCGACUCGAGGCUGGAGGUCCACCCGCCCCUAACUCCUCACAGUACAUGGACCAGAACAUGCUGGGCCACUCCCAGACCCAGUGCCCCCAGCCAUCUUAUCCCAGCCCUCAUCAGCAGUCACACCAAAGUAACCCUUCACCGUUGAUGUACCCACAAAGUCACCUGCACUAUCCCCAACCUUCCCCCUCUCCUUCACCAUACAUAGAAAAGUGCAGCCCCAUGCCGCCAUGUUAUAAAAGUUACAGCGUGCCGCCGAGCUCACAAUACGGCAGACAAAUGAGCGGCCUCGGUAACCUGAAGCAAGGAGCCUACCGCGCAUCUCAGAACAGCUACAGCUACCAACACUCCAGAGGUUAUGAGCCACAGCCCCCUCUGCAAGCCAUGAGCAACCCACAGGAAGCCCAGCCCAACCCCAAAUACCAGCACUUCAGCCAACCACAAGCAAACUACUGUCUCUCAGAACUGUCUGUCAGGUCACCCGAGCAGUAUUAUCAAACUUGCAGUCCCUCUUCGAGUCACUCACCCGCACGCUCGCUGGGACGCUCACCUUCAUACAGCUCCACCCCGUCGCCGCUGAUGACUAAUCCCGAAUCAUUCCAGUACGGCCAACCGCCCAUCACCCCGGGAGCGGCUUUGUCCUCGUCGUCUUCCUCAACGGGCCACCAAGAGCACGGCGCGUCCAACGCCAUGCUGUUGCCCCCACGCUCACACCCGUCCCCCAGCGUGCCCCACGCGGCAGCCCACAGCUUCACCAACGCGCUUCCAGGACCGAGCGUGAAAGAGCGCUUCUCCGAGAAACUGCUGUCCAACCCCAGCUUGUGGAGCCUGAAUGCCCUCACCUCUCAGGUUGAGAACAUAUCCAACAACGUCCAACAGUUGCUGCUUUCCGAGACUCUGGUGGCCAACAAGAAAGCCUCUAAACGGAACAGUGGUGAAAGCAGCAGCAGUUCUGGCAGCGCGGCGUCCUUGAAAAAGGGCGAGGGCUACAAAAGUCCAUAUUCAGAAAGUGCCGGUAAUUUAAGCGGCGGCCUAGCGCAGGACCUUUACUCGAACGUGCAGCACUCGCGGAUGCCAAUAGAACUGCACGAGGGGGGCUACUCCAGCAGUAGUGAUGAGCAACUGGAGAGGAGCUUCUACUACAGAAACCAGGGCAGGAGUCCAGCUCAGCCUGCCAACAACUCCCACAUUAACGUGGACACAAUGUCGUCCUGUUCCAUGACAUCUCCGGAUGACGUGUCCACCAGGUCUGGAGACUCAGGAUUGCACAACUUCACUCCUGACCCAAUUCGAUGUCAGUCAAUGCAGGAAGACGGCGCUCCCGUGAAGAGCCUCGCUGAGGGGAGCAUUACAGUUCCCAGUCCCGUUAAACCCGACACCGACUCAUCUUCCGACAUACAGCGGAUCAGCCAGCCCGUUAAAGAAAACUUUGAGGAAUCGGCGUGGACAGAGAAAUCAGCUGAGCAAGAAGUGGAGACUCGGCCCAAAACACCUGACUAUGAAAUAGAUGCCUGUGUUGCCAAACUGACAGAGAAACGAGAGAAAUGGUCAGAUGAGGGCAAAUGUUCAUUUCUGUACAACCAAGUCAACAAAAACAAAGACUUUUGCUAUGCCGAGACGCCAUAUGAAGCGGUUCGGAGGAAAUAUGAGCCGGAUUCACUCGAACAGUCCCCAGCCGCCUGCUCUGACUCGAGCCACCAUUUCGGCCAAGAGAUAAAAGAAGCAUACAAAUCCGAGUCAUCAAUUGCUUCCGAGAGCUCCUUGAAAACGUUGCCUUUCCAUCCUGCAAGUGACCUUGAACAGGAUCAAUAUUCCACAGAGAAGGAGGACAGUUCAGACAACACCCCUCAAAGCGAGGCCUUGGAGGAGGACAACUCCAGGAAGACAGAGAGCAAACAGUCGCUUGAGGAAGACCAACAGGAGGAGGAAAACCGUGGACCCAAAGCAGACUUUGAUAAACCAACGCAAUGUGCUCUAUCCCCACCCACGUCUGAUGAGGUGAGAAACGAACCAGUGGAGGAGGAGAACGGCGGCCAGUCAGUGAAUUCUGACAUCAUGAAGAACAGACACGGCGCUGAGAAGCCUUCUGCCGACCUUUGCCCCAGGACAGAGAAAAGAGCUGAGUUCCACGGCGACCAUGAGCUCGCGGGAGUGCCCGCGCAUCCAAAUGUGGCCGCAGCCCCGGAUGCUUCUUCCAGAGAAUCGGCCAUCGGCGACACGGCACCGCAGCCACAGUCUGCUAUGCCCGUCUUCUCGGCCCUCAACGACAAGACAACGACAACUCCAGCCCUGUCCAGGGAUCACAUGGAUCACAGCGACGCUAAAGUGCUGGAGCCCGACUCUCCUCAGUUGCCUGGCAAGUCGAUUCUUCCGUCGGCCCCCUCCUGGGCGGACACACCGCCCUCCCCAAAGAAAGGCGAUGAGGACAUGGAGCCGGGCCUCAGCUGCUCCAGCGCCGUGACCCCUUUGGCCAAGCCAGAGCCCGUGGCCCCGUCUGCUCAGCCCAGAGCGUUUGGGCGCAAACAUACAAGGGGGAGAAGGAAAACCAUGCUUUCAGGUGUGGCCAUCAGGCGACAGCUAAGCUUGGAACGGGACCAAGAGAAGGAGCGAGAAGGGGAGCCCCUGGCCUCUGAAAACGCCUGCAGGCCUUCAGCCAAAAUGAUGCUGUUCCCAGACCAAACUGAGCUUGCGCACCAGGAAUCAAUCGUGAGCCAGACAAGCACAAUGUUAGCCGAAGGACUGAGUUCAAGAAUGUGCACCCGCUCUUUCAAUGCAGCAGACUUCCCACCCAAAGGCGAGGAUCAUUUGAAGAGGAAACCAGGCCCAAAACCUGGACCCAAACCAGCACUGAAAAAUGGAUCCAAGCCAGGGCCAAAACCGGCAGCCAAACCAGGCCCUAAACUCGCCCUAAAGCCUGGCCCAAAAGCAGGACUCAAAUCAGGACUAAAGGAUGUGCCAAGUACACCAGAUCCGGCGGAAAAAAUAGAGUCUCCGGGGAAACGAAAAGCAGGCUUAAAACCUGGUCCCAAACCUAUUUCAAAGCCAGGAUUCGAAUCCGAAGAGGCUUUGCCAACCGUCAAAGCCCCUGUCGGUCGCCCCAAAGGCUCAGUUUCCAGAGCCAAGCAGACGCGACAGGAAGAAAUAAUUUUGACAGAGCCACAAGGCAGGGGCAGGAAAAAUAUUAAGGCCACACUAUCACAAAUAAACCAGGACAUAAAAGUCAUCAAACGUGACCAAAAGUCACCGGAUGACAUAAAAGCACAGGAAAAUGACACUAGAAAUAUGACUUUAAGGUCAAGAAAGCCCCCACAGGCCAAAGAAAAGGAGAAAAACCUACACAAGGACGUUGUAACAACCCAAAGUGGCACAAUUGAAUGUUCUGAGAAAGAGGAAGUGGAGCCAACUCCACAUAUGGUGAAAAAGACGACAACAAAAGCUCCUGCAUUGCUUCCAGCUGAAAAUAGUGAAGAGUUGCUUCCACUCACAUAUCAGUCAGCCAUGGAUCCCUCUUUGGUGCCACUCAAGAAAAAGAGGGGUCCCAAGCCUAAAGCCAAAGCACUCCAACCGCAUGAGCAGGUUGUCUCCGCACCUCAAGAGGGUCCCAGAAGAAAGAGAGGGCCAACCACCACAGAGCCCGCGCUCCCGUACCCAACCAAACAUAUUCCCGAAAGCGAUCAAGGGGACGUACCAGCGCUGCCUGCGCAGUGCCCCGCUCGAACAAAAGUUCUUCCUCCACGUAAGGGCAGAGGGCUGAAAUACGAGGCCAUGGUGCAGAAGAUCACCUCGCCGAGCUCCAAGAAGUAUCUCCAAACUCCUCAGACGGACGUCAAUCUCAACGACGACGCAAUGACCAAGGACUUUGCGACCCAUGCUGUCGUCCAGACGGCUAUUCCUGUCAACGGCACUGAAAUGAUGGAAAGUGAAGUAAAAAGCAGACAGGCGGUUGCCAAACACCUCGACGGCAUUGCCAGGAAGGAGGUCAAACAAGAAAGUGACAUGCAGGAGAUAAGUGGAGAAACACAAGAGUGGAGACAAGAAGAGGAUGCCAAUGACCAAGGGCCAAUGUGCAACGUCCAAAGGGCAAUGGGGGCUCAGGUAGACCUCGGUCCUCGAGGAGAUUGGACCCAACAGGCAAAAGCACUUGAUUUACCCACACCCAACUCCUCCAAGCGGAAGCGAUGGGCCAUGGUGGAGAGCACAGAUGCCUCCGUCGUAGCUUUGGAAGCAAGUGAGCCCAUCGUGACCGCCCCAAGAGCUGCCAAGCAGAGGGCCAUUAAAAAUAACCACGAGAUGCACCUGAAGCAGAAGAGGAAACGAAAAGCUCAGCCUGAAGAAACCCAAACAGCAAAGGAGAUCAAAGUGGAACCCACGGAGCAACAAGACGCGAUGGCAGAGGAGACCACCAUGCCUUCAGAGGAGCCCCGACUGCCAAUCGCUCCCGAUGAUAUCAAAGAAUACACCGAGGUGGGCGGCACAGAAGUCUUCCAGAAAUCCAAAAGGGGAAGAAAACCAUUCGCCCACGCGGCUAAGCGCAAACGGGGGAUGGAGGAGACGUCCGACAAGCCGCUCAAACUGUACAAAAAGCCCGGGCCAAAACCUGGAAUGAAGGACGCCUUGGAGGUCAUUGAGGCCGUCGUGAGGGCUGCCGGCUGCGAAGCGGAAAAGCUCCAGACGCAAACAGACAUGCGUGACGAGGAACACAAAGACGGUGUUGUGGGUCCUGUGCUGACCAUCUCAGACAAGCAGGCCAAGAGCAUUUCUGUCAGGAGAGUCCGAACCAGGCCCAUCCAGCAUCAUCAGCAGCAGCAGCAGCCGCAGCAGCAGCAGCACCCGCCGCAGUCUUUCUGUCCCUACGUGCGCAUGAACAACUCCAGAGACUUUCCAUCUUGGUGCGCCAUCGUCAACAAGCCAGAGGACGUGCAUGUUUUCCAGAGACGGAGAAAGAAGGGAAUUCUCCGGAUGAAGAAUCCUUUCACGGUGGCAAAAGUAGUGCCGCAUACCGCCGCCAUGCUCCAAGGGCCAACACUCAAUCCGGAUCUAACCGGUAAACGUCUCACCUGCUGCCUGUGCGCAAAACCUUCAAACUAUCGAGAUCUGGGCGAUCUGUGCGGACCGUACUAUGCCGAAGAAGGACUCCCUCGGAAACUCUUGACCGCCGAGCCCGCCGUCUCCCUUGGGCAAGGGUCAAGGAAUGCCGACCUGGAUGAAGGUAGUGAAGAACCGCGGGCAUCGUCAAAGGCCGUCGAGGAAGUCAAGGAAGGAGACAACGCGCGGGAGAGCCGAAGCGCCAGACGUCGCCGCCGGCCGUACGGACGAGCAGACGGAAAAGACAGAACAGGCCUUCCUCCAAGAAUAAGCCUUCGCGAAAGGUUAAAGAGGAUGAGGCGGCUCCAGGACGGACCUUGCGCAAACCAAGAGGGUUUGCUCCGAAGGCUGCAAGAUGAAGCUGAGGCCAGUGAGCACUGGGCUCAUGAAAACUGCGCCAUCUGGACCAAAGGCGUGAUUGUGCUGGCCGGGCGACUGUACGGACUGAAGGAAGCCGCCGCAAAUUCGGCCCAAACGAGCUGCCACAAGUGCCAGACUGCGGGGGCGUCCCUCACUUGCUGCUGGAGAAGCUGCUCUCGGAAGUACCACUACGCCUGCGCCAAAGAGACAGGCUGCACAUUCCACGAAGAUGACUUCUCCAUCAAAUGUCCCAAACAUGAGGAUUUGUAAGAUAUCCGAUUGGACCACCUCGCAGGAACAAGGCAAAGAUAAACGCUGUCCUAACAGCCAGCUAAGCCUAUAAAAACGGACAAGAUGACGGAGGGGCCCCGCGCCCCGAGGCGGCGCUCCCACACCGGCAUCGAGAGAGAACUGAGAGGGGAAGAGAAAGAUGCUCCUCCAGAGAGCAACUCCUCAAGGACUCGGGCACCCAACGUUUUCUGGACAAGGGGGGCGGGGGGAAGGUAUGCUUGAAAUGCCGAGCAAAGUCUGUCAGUGAGUGAGUGAGUGAGUGAGUGAGUGAGUGAGUGAGUGAGUGAGUGAGUGAGUGAGUGAGUGAGUGAGUGAGUGAGUGAGUGAGUGAGUGAGUGAGUGAGUGAGUGAGUGAGUGAGUGAGUGAGUGAGUGAGUGAGUGAGUGAGUGAGUGCUGCUUGGAUGCACUCCUUCCAUCCUUCAGAUGGGUGCCAUCAUCAUAGAUGAUAGGUUGCCAUCACUCUCCACUUUGUCUGCAGGCCAAAAGGUGUGUGUGAUCUUCCUAAGCGUCACUGUGCAUAUCUCCAAGCAGCACACGUAGGCAGGCAGACAAUAUCAUACGUAUUUCAAUCAUAUUUCUUUACACUCUGCGGAGAACGAUAACAGCCAGUAAGAGUGCCGCACUGAUGAGCUGAGAGUUGAGACGGCUGGCACAGACAAUUUUCAUUUUCAUUCAAUGGAGGAAGUUCUGAGGCUUUCACAGUGCAAAGUGAGUAUCUCAAGGCACUACUGUACAACACUCUUAUCUUAUAUAUUCAUGUGCAUUAACCACAUCAUCACACCGCCCUUGGGAAACGGUAAAAAAAAAGAUGACAAAAAAUGGGUACAACUCAUCCAUUGUUGCCAUCAUCUUUGCAUUGUAAGGCUCCAAGGAUCCAACAAGGGGUCUGUUUGUCUCACAACAUCUCUUCUGCACAUUUUAAAAUCGUAUUCCUGUGGCCACGAUAUGUGAAUCCAAUUUUUGGGAGAGCCACGGCGCACGUGUGGUCUCGAUGUAGCCUCUGACGCCACGCCGCGUGACGACACGCCGCACGAGGUGUCCGCUCACGUGACUUUAGGUGACAUGUCUCGGUGAUGUCUCAGUGCGUAAAAAAAAAAAAAAAAAAAAAAAAAAAACGGCGUGCCAAACAUUGAACACCUUUCUGACGGUUUCUUUCAUGGUGUACAGAAGUAUUUGAUGCUGUUUAAAUGUAAAAUGUGCUGUACUAAUAAUAACUGUGUAUAGUAUUUCCUAGAGAUGUUUAUUUUCUAUAAAAUGGAAUACGUUAUUGCUUAUAAAAUAAAUCAUAAAAUCCACCGAUGCAGAUGUCAUCUCUUUGUAAUGUUAAGUUUUGAGUGUUUUAUUUUUUGCUUGAUUUUUAUCCCAUGAUUUAUUUUUCAUAAA